GACAACAAUAAUGAUGACGUGAGAUACUUAUAAGGUAAUAUUUGUUCUUCAGUCUUAAUUCAUCCGUCGAUCAACAGUUACACAGUGUAGUGAAAAAUGUACAAAGUUGUUAUAUUAAUCGCAAUUUGUUUCGCGGCAUGCCAUGCAGCCCCAGGCGGUGUAUUCUGCGGCGAAACCCCAAAAAAUCUUUUCCGAUGUCUCACCGCCCCAUUAUUGGUAAGCGAUGAAGCGACGACGAAAUGCAGGUCCACUUCCGGUCAGUGCGAGAGAAUCAAUUGCUUGUUCCGUGAAUCGAAAUGGUGGUCGGGAGAUGCGGUGGACAAAGUGAAGUUCGCGACUUUCUUGAACGAGUACGGGAAGAAGAACCCUCAGUGGGUGCCGACUAUUGAGCACGCGAAGACGGCCUGCCUCGGAGAGACCCUGAAGCCGCAGGGGACCGACCUCAACUGUCCCACCUUUGAUAUCACCCACUGUGUGUAUGUCAGCUUCAUUAGGUUCGCCUCGGCAUCGUCAUGGUCUACAGCUGACGACUGUAGCAACGCCCGCGAGUUUGCUCGCUCUUGCCCCGUGUGCCCCACCGACUGCUACGCCACCGCCAUCCCCAUCGGCUCCUGCAACGCAUGCUAUUAUGGACCUACAUCUUCUUAAAAAAACCCCUAAAAUUAAUGUAAACUAAAACCCUCCUUUUUCUUCUCCAUGUGCCUUUUCGAAACUGAACUUUACGAAAUUGAACGCUAACUUUGAGUAAUUUAAUACAUUUUAAGAUUGUUUUAUUGAUGAAAAAGUCGGCAGGGUCUAUAUGCUAUCAAAAAUAUAUGUUUCUGUAAAAAUGUUACUGUCUCAUAGUGUAUUAGGUUGACUUAUAUGUUUAAGUGCCCACGACUCGACGAUUACAUUUCUUAGCGCGGGUUUCUUUUUGUCUUCAAACUGAAGAGGACAAAGUUGUAAAAGUAUCGUUAGUUUCGCGAUUAAAAUAAUUAAAUGACUA